AUGUCUGCUAUGUACUCUGACACUGAUGAGUAUGACAUCAUUACUGUUUUAGGAAAGGGAACAUUCGGAGAAGUGACAAAAUGUUGGAAAAGGAACUCUGACCACUAUGUGGCCAUAAAGAUAUUACGAAACUAUAAUUUCCGUAAAGGGGUCAUCAAAUGCGAGUUAAAAAUACUGAGGAUUUUGCAAUCUGUGGAUUCAGACAAGUUUUGCAUUGUUCGUUUUUUGGAGUCCUUCACUGAUGAUACCAAGCUUUGCUUUGUGUUUGAGCUUCUGGACCAAAAUCUGUAUGAGUAUCAGAAGGAAAAUGACUUUGUUCCACUACCGAUCAGGCAUAUUCGCUCCAUCACAAAGCAGGUGCUGAUUGCUCUACAGAAACUGAAGGAGCUCUCUAUUGUUCACACAGACAUCAAACCUGAAAAUAUCAUGCUUGUUGACAAGGCCAAAUUUCCCUUCAAAGUUAAACUGAUUGAUUUUGGUUCUGCUUGUAUUUUGCCUGACAUUCAGAAGAUUAAAGGACCAUACAUCCAAUCUAGAUUUUACCGUUCACCUGAGAUCUUACUUGGCUUACCCUUCUCUGAGAAGCUGGACAUGUGGUCUCUAGGUUGUGUUAUGGCAGAGCUUCAUCUUGGUUGGCCAAUUUACCCUGGUACCAAUGAGUAUGAUCAGAUCAGGUACAUUGUUGAUGCACAAGGGCUACCAUGUGAUCAACUGUUGGAAACUGCCAGUAAAACUCACCACUUCUUUAAAAAGGCUCGUCAGCCUAAUUCAACAUAUCAAUGGAGGCUCAAAUCAAUGGAUGAGUAUCAAGCAGAGACGAUGGUGCAACCUCUGGAGACCAGAACAAAACCUUUGUAUUCACUUGACCAAUUAGGAACCGUCUAUACCAAAACUGUUUUCCCGGAUAAGGAUCUGAAAGCGGAACUAUUUGAUCAAUUUAUGAUGGUGGCUCUCAUAAAGAAAAUUCUUCUCUUUGAUCCCAGGCAGCGCGCUACUGUGAGUACAGCUUUAAAGCACCCAUUUCUCACAAUGCAGAAGCUCAAAUCAAAAUACAACAAUACAAAAUACUACAAGAUAGCUGCGCAAGCCUUUAGUCUUGCCUUAACCCCAAGUAAAAAAGUGGAACAUCAUUAUUUUUGUUGUCAAACGUUCAAGCAGUGUUGCCAUUUAGAUAAUGAACAAUAUGAGCCAAACCAGGCACCGCGAAAUAUUAAAUCCAUUGAACAACUAACAGAAGAUGAGUUGGAAGAUUCAGCUAUUGAAGAAUCUGAGAAAGAGGUUGGUCCUCAAAUGUGUUGA